AUGGAUAGCCGCAGCGCUUCGAGCGAUCCUAUGGCCGCUAUAGCUCAGUCGACACUGACCUCGGGCUUAGUGGCUUUCUUCAUCGAGUCACUCCUCUUCGGGGUAUUCGGUGUCACAUACGGAAUUUGCGUGUGGAUCCUGUUACUCCGGGACAAGGUACUCGGCGGAUCAGCCCGGAACAUCGUCCUGUUCGUGGCGAGCACGCUUAUGUUCAUGCUCGCUCUUGUACAUGCAGCCCUAGAUGUGCACGUUGUUCUUAACAGUUUCGUGACGAGAGGUGGUGACGUUGAGCGGAUGUCUCUAGUCUUCGAUGGUUGGAAUGCCUUGAGCAGCACCCUCGGUGCAGCGAAAUUUGGGAUCUAUGUGACUCAGGUACUCGUCGGAGAUGGUUUUAUGGCGUAUAGAGCAUACAUGGUUUGGGAUCGCUCUACACGUGUCAUUGUGCUCCCUGUCAUUUUGCUAGUCGGGGAGAUCUUCAUAGGAUACUACAUCUCUCUCUCUGGUCCGGUCAUGAUGAGUAGCCUGCAAGCGGACACUGUGUCAUGCGUGGAUGCUCUUGUGCAGGCUUUUUUCAUCAUCUCCGCAGUCACCAAUCUCCUGUCCACAGCACUCAUUAUGGGACGCAUUCUCUCGUCGUCUGUCGGAACGCGGGAUGCCAACACUCGAGACUCAUCUCGCGGCGUCAAGUGGAGAGUCUUUGAAUCCAUCCUCCAAUCUGCUGCCAUCUACUCCGUCGCAUCCAUCUCACUGGCGGCCACCUCGUUCACGAGCCCGGCCAUUGCAUUCCCAGCGCUGCACAGCGUUUUUCCAUCCGUGAUUGGCAUCGUGUUCUUGCUGAUUGUCAUGCGGAUAUCCAUCAAUGCGGCAUCGUCGAACGCGCCCUCGGACCAACCUCGGCGCUCCAUGUACCAACUGAACGGAAGCUCCUGUCAGAUCCCAGGGUUCUCGACGCCGGCAGUUCCCACCCUCGACGUCGAGCGGCGGAACCACCAUAACUCCUCACCUCUGUCGAGUCCCAUCGCCAUACAUGUGUCCGUGUCGACGAUGUCAGACAGUGAGAGUAUCGCGUUAUCCGCAGAUGAUAUGUUGCAUGCCACCGAGAAGAUGGUGGACGAAGAGACCUUGCGAGCUGAUGAUGCGCAGCAGUCGCCGAGGUCGCCGCAGCUUUCCCUAUCGUCGUACCAUCUAAACGAGGAAAUGCCCAACAAUAAGGACCCUGAGUUUGGGCUGCCGCUAGGGCUUUCGAAGCUCGCAAGCCAGCUGUUCAUGCCACCUCUCCCUCGCGUCCCCCGUCAAACUCUGCGCACGCCCGCUCUAGUCUCUUAA